UUAAAAUAAUUUCUAUACUUAGUUCCAUUCUGAUUUGGACAGGUCUGUGUCUGACGAUUAGCAGAGUGCUCAACCUCACUGAUUUUCAUCUCACUUCGCUGGAUAUGUUCAAGUGUUAUGAGGUACAUGCCAUGGAGAGCAAACAUUUUGUGGAAUGAAUUGACAGUACAUGCAGAACCCUAACUGGAAAUGGGAAGCACCAUCGCUCAACAUCGCUUUUCUCAUUGAUAGUGCUUCAAGACAUAACAAUUCUGCGGCAGAACCCAAGCCACUCAAACAAGCAUGGAAGAAACUACUAGUAGCCGAUUGGCUCAGUGCGAGAAGCAUCACAUUUAAAUCAUAUAUGACCAAAGUUGAGUCCUUUGAAUUGGCAUAUAAGCAUCUUCGAUUCUAUAAUGUCGAUAAAGCGUUCAAAAUCGCCGUUAAAAACGAUGAAGAUCUAGAAAACAGCCUCAUAGACAGUGAUGGUGAUAACAGAAACAAGGUAUUAGACGGACAAAACUAAUGAAUAACCUUGUCUUGUUGGAGUGAAAAAACAUUUUUAUUCAUAGUUGUAUAUUCAAGUGCAUACAAAUAUCUAAAGAGUCGUUUCUGCACGGUAAAACUGUGUAUCAAAUGGUGUUGGUGCGCCAUCAAUCAAAGAAAUUCCAUUCCAAAAACAAAAAGACAUUACCACACGAUUCAGCAUAGUCGAUAACCUAAGUUGUCAUGCAUUUUUGUAGGUUCUAAACCGAACAAUAGAGAAGUCUUAGGUUUCGCGAAUAUUCUUCAAAGCUUCUGAACCAAUCAAAAUGAACUUUUGCCUAGGUCUCACUUUUUAGAGGACACUUUGGAAUAUCUGUCUAUGAAAAAAACCUGAUAGAUUGCUAUCUUAGUUUUUGGAGAUCCAAACUGGUCCUGGCGAUAUAAUAGUCGUCAUACGCGAAGCGAUCAUCUUUUCACCCAUGGUACGAGAUCCCUUUCAAAUAAAAUAUAUUUAUAUGACGAAAAGAAGAAUACUAUCACCUUCACCUAAAGCGGACAAAGCCGUCACAUACAUAAAGUUGGUAUCUUACGGAUGUUACUCUGACUAAAAAGAAAGAGUGAAUAAGUUAAAAGCUAAGGAUCAGAGUGUUUCAGAUUUUUAGAUAUAGUUUUCCUAGCUGAUAUGUAUUUCGGGCAAUCGAGAAACAAAUGUCUGACUUUUUCGGAUCGUUUACAUGAACAGAGCUCAUCUCCUGGAUUUUUAAGUACAUGUUUCCUAUAUAAAUCGACCGCUAGAAUAGAAGAGAGCCAGUUCUUUUACAUGGAUUUGGUAACAGUCAGAGUUCUUUUGAGAAGAAAAGGUAACCGACCAAUUCUCGUUCUAAAGAAAUUAACAGAACCUAUGCUACUCCCACAUUCUGCAUGUUUCUGGCAAAAUUGGUUGCACAAAAGGAGAAGUAAUUCUAACUUUCGUUCGUAUUCCUCUUCUAGCUCUUGUACAACAUGAUCAGAUCAAGGAUGAACUCGUAAAACAAAAUGCUAUACCGUUGUUAAUUCGAUGUAUUACAGAAACUAAAUUUGAUGUCAUCAAAGUUCAACAAUGUGCAUUAGAAAUUCUGUGGGCAAUGACAUUCAAUGAACGAGCUGCUAAUAUUCUGAAAAGUAACGAAAAUUUCAUAUCACAUCUUAGAUCUCUUCAAAUGUCUAAUGAAACUGGUGUCAUAAAAGCAGCUGAAGGAAUUAUAUGGAAACUAGAACAAGAAGCCCACUUUAUGAGCGAAAAAGCACAGAAGGAAAUAAGUGAUAGUCUAGCACACGCUACUUCAUUACACACAUAUGAUAUUAUGAUCAGUUAUUCACAUGCUGACAAAGACCUAUGCUACCAAAUACAAGAACGUUUAGUGAAAGACAAAUUUCGUGUGUGGCUCGAUCGUGAUAAUCUCUACGGCUCACAAAUGCAAGAAAUGGCUAAUGCUAUUGAAAACUCAGAAUUUGUUUUCAUUUGCAUGUCUGACACGUAUAAACAAAGUGCCUAUUGUCAAUCAGAAGCUCACUACGCAUAUGAAAGACGUUGCCAAUUAAUACCAUUGAAAGUCAUCGAAAAAUAUCGUCCUGAUGGUUGGCUCGGCUUCAUUAUUAGUGGUUUACUAUAUGUGGAUUUCUCAAAAAGAGACUUUGAUACUGACUAUCAAAAGUUGGUGACAGAAAUUAAUCGUCGCCGUGAUCAGUCACCGAAAAAACAAGCUCCACAUCACUACAUAUCACAUAAUACUCCCGCUUUUGAAACAAAACAAUGGACAGUUGAAAAUGUUGUGGAUUUUCUCAAUGAAAUGAAAUUCGAUGCGAUGAUUCCACUUUGUGAAGAUUUGAAUGGGCGACAAUUAUACGAAAUGUAUAAAAUGUGUAAUGCGAAUUCAGAUAUAAUGUAUCAGUCACUUAAAGGAGAACUGAACGAGUUACAAAAUAAAACACUACCACUUCGAGUUUAUAUUCGAUUUUUAGAUACAUUAAAAAAAUAUGUGCCGGUGACAAAAGACACAAAAUCUAUGACUUGUAAUAUCACGUAG